UGUGUGUUGUGUUGUGUGUGCCUUUCCCCGCCCUCGCCCAUGAAGUCAUGCGAGAAAUAUGCCAUUCCUCUCCUAAAGCAAGAGAGGAAAGAGGAGGGAGGGAAGGGAAGCCCAGCCUAGAGGCAGCAAGUGGGGAGGCCUCCAACUUUCCAGUAGGCUCCCAGACAAGGCUUUGCCCACUGCCCACUAGGCUGGGCUUGACUUAGGGCCCCUCUUUUGGGCACCUUUUGCUCCAAGAGCUUCCUAGGCUUGGAGGUGCCACCAUGGGGGAAGAUGGGCUGCAAGCCGAGAAGAGCAGUGGCUACGUUUCUCCCAGCUCCGAAGGCCCCCUGGAUGCCAGGAGUGCCAGUCCGGUGCCCUCCUCGGGCAGCCGCAGCCCCAGCUUGCAGCAGCCCCAUCCUCCGGGAGAAGCCAGCCUCCGGGAAGGCUCCCCGCAGCAGCAGGUGAACGCCAUCACGGUGCUGACCCUGCUGGACAAGCUGGUGCACAUGCUGGACUCGGUGCAGGAGAAGCAGGAGCGGAUGGAGCAGCGCCAGGGCGAGCUGGAGGGCUCGGUCAAGGGCAUCCAGAGCGACCUGAGCAAGCUCUGCAAGCACCACACCUCCACCUCCAACACGGUGGCCAAGCUGCUGGAGAAGUCCCGCAAGGUCAGCGCCCACACCCGAGAGGUCCGCGAGCGCAUGGACCGCCAGUGCGCCCAGGUCAAGCGCCUGGAGCACAACCACGCCCAGCUCCUCCGCAGGAACCACUUCAAGGUCCUCAUCUUCCAGGAAGAAAAUGAAAUUCCUGCCAGUGUCUUUGUGAAAGAGCCUGUUCCAAGCAUUACUGACGGGAAGGAAGAAUCUGUUGACGAGAACAAAACUCUGGAGGAAACACUGCACACUGUGGAGCUGUCUUCAGAGGAUGAAGUGCCCCAUGAUGACGGUGCAGAAGAUAGCAUGGAUGAAAAAAUAGAGGAGACAAGAGCUGAGAAGAUCAAGAGGUCAAGUCUCAAGAAGGUGGACAGCCUGAAGAAGGCAUUUUCCCGGCAAAAUAUUGAGAAGAAGAUGAACAAGAUCGGCACCAAGAUUGUGUCCGUUGAACGGAGAGAGAAGAUUAAGAAAUCUCUCACCCCUAACCACCAGAAAUCUUCCUCAUCAAAAAGUUCAUCUUUCAAGGUCUCUCCCCUUACAUUCAAUGUGAAGAAGGUUCGUGAUGGAGACACUUCCAUGGAAGCAGAAGACAAGCCAGAAGAUGUUUCUGUCAGUGAGCACACAGCAAAUGAUGAAGAGACCUCCUUCACUGAGAUUCACUCAGACCUGGCAUCUCCCAUUGCUCCAGCCGAAGAAGGAAAAGCCCUGGCUGACGCGCUGGAAAAAGAAUCAGGAAGUGAAGGAGAAGCAGCAAUCAACAACAACAUUGAGCUUGCGAUUGUUGAAGAAGGUGACGACUACAGGGCUUCACUAGAAACCAGGCAGGAACUUUAUGAUGAAAGGAACAAACCGAUCAGCAGUGAAGUGGAAAAGUUGGAGGAAGAAUCGAGCCAAGCAGCUGUCCUCCACGUAGACCAAACCGCAUAAAUCUUCUGAGCCUUUUUAUGUUUCUCUAAAUUCCUACUUUUUUUAGCUACAUCAAUAACCUGGGUGUAUGCCUAAUACACGAUAAAUGGGGUAAUAGCGAGUUAAAGUAAGUUGUUACUGUUUUUAAGGUAGAUUUCUUCCUGUGUUUCAUUAGAACUGAAAUCCAUAGUGACAGUGAGAUCUGAUACCCAUGAUCAUUUAGAGUUAAGUCUGUUGACAUUCUGUAGGCAACACCAACCACCAUGCUCCAUCCCUGCCACUCCCUCAACAGAUUCAGUUAUUAGAUAAGAAUUGCUGCAGUUAAUUGUAAUGGGACCGGAGGCUUAGAGCUAUAAAACAGUGUUUAAAAGAACCGGCAGAGAGAGCUAAGCCAGCUGAAGUACAGCACAGCUACCUUACAUAUUUCAUCCUUUUAACAUUCAUUUAACUCCUCCCUAAACAAUAUUGGGAAUUAUAGUUUACUGCAGAUGCUGAGAGUUCUCAGAGAUCCUUAGCUCCCACUCCAAGAAACUUAAACCUUGAAGGUUCUCUGGGGAGAAAGAAUGUGUAAGGCCAAAUCUGAGAUACAGAUAAGAUCUAUAGCACCCCACUUUUCUGUGUAGUGUUCAUUCAGAUAUAUUCCAUGGAAGUUUUUUUCCCUUAAAGGCAUGCUGCUCAGGAAUAAUGAAUUUGAGGGAAAGGGUGAGCCCCUGUUGAAAAGGACACUAAACUGUGCUCAGCUUUGCUUGCCGGCCCCGAGAAAUAAUCUGAUUUGGAGGGAACUGGAGAGGAUGCUUGCUGUGCCCUCUUUGCAAGUUAAUUAGCUGCUCUCCUCCUCAUUGCUUUUCAAAACUACAUACCAUAACUUGUACGCUAUCUGCUAUUCCUUUUUUGUGAUUUAAUUUUGUAGUUUGAUCUAUUUCCCUCCCUAUGAAACAUUUAAACUUGGUUCCUUGGGUUCCUUUUUUGAUGUGGUAAUGCCCACACACAAUGAGAUCCCCCACUUUAAGCAUCAGCCUUGUAGGGUAGAGAUGAGAAUCCUUUGGUCCUCUGGGUAUUGUUGGACUCCAGGUCCCCGCUCUCCUCAUCUCACUGGUGAUGUUGGCUAGGGCCGAUGCGAGUAGCAGUUCAGCACUACUUGAUGCGUGACAGGAUUCCCACCUUUGCUGUAUAACAAAAGUCUAUAAGACAAGUCCCUGAAAAAUAAUCUCCCCACCCCCAUAGGAUUAGAUAAACUCUCAGUCCAUAAGGAUGUGAGCCACUAACUUACUUGGAUGUCAGCUUAGUAAGGACCCUAUUAAUCAUAGCUUUAUUAGUCUUUACAAUGCCAUGUCCAUUCUUCUCAGGUGGAGGUUUUGUUUUGUCUUUUAAAAAAAUAACAUUAUUGGAAAUACAGUGCAGUCCUAUGACAUGUCUACUCGUAUAUAAGUUCUGCUGGGUUUAGCAAAGCUUACUCCAAGGUGAAAGGCUUAUGGCCUUAUGAAGCAGGAUCAGUUACGGAUGGCAUAGCAAGGACCAUUUUGAAUGAAGACCUUUUCCACAUGUCCCUCCCACAAUGGAUAAUGAUGGCUUGGCAUGGGCCUCUUAAUACAUGGAUGAGCAAAGUGCAGCCUGUGGGCAGCAUGUGGCCCCCAGAGCUGUAUCUGUGGUCCUCAAGAGCCACCAAAAACUUUUUGUUUAUUGUUUCCAAAUCCUCCAAAAUGCUCUAUGGGGGUAUUUUCACUGUGUUUUUGGCUCUCCAGGGCCAUGUUAGGUCCAAGAGACGUCCUAUUCCCUGGAGGUAAAUAGGCAGUGAUUUCUGAUACUUGCCUUUUGUUUUAAAAAAAGGCCCUUCCAUGGCUUAAAAUGGUCCAGAGACUCGUAAAAAUAGGGUGGAAAUGCUCCAUGUGCCCCCAGGGUCGUUUUGUGGCCAUAUUAUUAUAUUUUACUUUUCAGUUUUUAAGUUUUUAGAAUGAGGGUGGUGAGGGGCAGUCUUCCAUGGUAGCUUGGGGAGGCAAUACUGCCUCCUAGCCUCCCAUAGUUGCCCACCCCUGCUUUAAUCCAAUACAUAUCCAUUUAUAACCACCAAACAUCUUUCAGAAACAUGCCUUGUCUCAGCAUCUGAAUUUUAGAGAUUUCAGGCCAUACAGGUUAUUCCAGGACAGUGAUGGGGAACCUGCAGGCCUUCCAGUUGUUGUUGAAGUCCAUUCAGUCCAAGCCUGCAUGGCCAGGGCUCAGGCAUGAUGGGAAUUGUCUCAACAUUUGAAAUCCUACAUAUUCCUCAUCACGGACCUAAGAUAAAGAACCCUGAGGAACAUAACAGAGUUAGAAAUUUGUGUUCCUUGGGAAUAUUCCAGUGGGGGUGAGAAGAGUGAUAUCCUGGGAAUGUGUAUCCUGGGAAUGUGUAUUUCUUGCAAAAGAUCUGCAUUUCCACCUUUUCUUCAUGUGGCCACAUUCCCAAAGGAAAACUAUGGACAGCAAUGUUGGACCUAAUGAUAAGUGGGAGAUGGGUGAUACUUUUGACUGAGUAAACAAGAUGGUUGUUUGUAUAAACUUAGCACUGUCUGCAUAUGCUCUCUAGUAUAGUUUAGCUUUUGUGUUCCAAGUAUGCUGAUUCAACAACUAAUGUAUAUAUACAUACAUACAUAUAUAUAUAGUAUAUUUCAAGAGAGAAAGCUUUUAAAAGAGAACAGUUUUUAAAUAAAAUGCUGUUUCCUUACUCAAAAUGACUAUGUUUAAAUGGCAAAAGGGAGACAUAUAUUGUAAUCUAAGCAGUUUGUAGAAAUAAUUAUCAAACAGAUUCUUCUAUGCACCCAACUACUGUAUUUUAAGAGUGCAAUGUGAGAAACAGGUUGGAAUAUUGCAAUAUAAUCUAAUAAAGGUAAAGAGAAUACAGUAUAUGAUAUUUUUUAAAAACAGAGGAGGGAGUUGAAUAGUAAUGAAUUCAAAACCAAGCAAUAAUAAGUGAAGUGUUUAUCAUGGAUGCCUUUUCAUUCUGCACCUGCACAACUUUAUAGACAAAGGUGUUUUGGAAAAUAUAUCUAUAAAUUAUUUGGAUGCAUAUGAAAUAGAGGAUGAGCAUAAUCCUAAGUAAUGUGCACUGUAGCCUCCUUGAUUUUCAUGGAACUGGAGUGUACAUAACUUCACUGGCCACUGUCCAAAAUGAGGAGAGCGAUGGAAAACAUUGAGGAAUGUUUGAUCCUUCAUACAUCUGCUCAGUGUUCAACGGUGUGAAGUAACUCUAGUAAAUGCUGACCAGGAGGUAACAGGCCAGGGAAUUUAGAAAAUCUCCCUAGUUUGGGAAAUGUACCAGAUGCAUGACGAUUCAAUUUAUAGCUUUCCUGACUCUUUUUUUAUAUCCUUUCCACAUUUUGAACAUUCAAUGUGAUCGAUUGGAUUUAUGUUCAGAUGGGAAUGUAAGUGCCAGUUUUAAAGUGAGAAGAAUGUUUACCAUUUGGGCUAGUGAAAUCAGAAGAUUUUAUACUUUGUUGUGCGUUUUUGUGUGUGUGUGAUUUGAGUUACAAAAGACAGUGAAUACAACCCACCAAGAUUUUCUUCUGCACUAACUCAGUGUAAAAUCUGCUUGUUCACAAUGUUGAUUCAUUUCAGGAGGCCUGAAAAGUGUGAAGGUUGAUUCCCAAUCUUUCAGUAUGUACUGGACUUCAAAGUGAGACAGCGUCUGAACAGCGUCUGAAUUCUCUGCAAACAUUAUACUUUACAACCAAAAGCUGGACAUAUUUAGAAAUGAAACCACAUUCCUUCUGCAUUUUAAUUCUCUUUGAAUCUUCAUUCCAUUAAUCACAAAGGUAAAACAUCAGCCGACAUGCAAGUGCCUAACAAUCUUGUUUUAUUUGUAUGCAAUGUUUUUUCCUUAUUUUAAUAUGGAUAAAUCUGCUUUUUACAUAAUAUUGCACUAAAGCCUUGCUUUUUUUUUUUUUUACCCCAGGAUAUAUUUAGAACUGCAAGUUAAGAAAAUCUUCUUUUAGAAAAUGUAUCUGUGAUAGGGAGCUGUGCCAUGUGGUGAGCUUCCCAUUAGCUAUACAUGUUACUAGAUGUUUGAUCAGAGUUAAUUUCUAAGCAGGCCUAUUGACUGUUAAACUUUUUCUUUAAAAAAAAAAUCAAUAUUGUGAAAGUUGCAAUCAGUAGGGGAAAACUGUGAUAUAAUCCACACAUUCAUCUUAUUUUGAAUUAACAACUGUACCUGUUACUAACUACAGAUGUGAUCAAGUAAAUAAACAUCAAAUUGAAUUAA